CCCGUGAAUCGGUAGACCAACCCUGCUCUACCGAUAUCAUCAUGGUGUCACACACAAGUUGAAAGAAAUUGCAAAAGAAGCUGAAAAAUUCUACAUGAAUUUGGGUAAAAAUCGGUGUUGAGAGUAAUUACAGUGUACGUGGAUAUUGUGCAAAGUGAAUGGGAAUAUCGAUUCAUCGUGGGUAGCAAUCAAUGAGUGCGCAAUGAUCUGUAAGGACACGGUCGUCUCGUGGUUCAAGGAGCUAGAAAGUUACAAAAGAAUCGACACAAUGUGCACCCUUCUGAAUAUGUGCCUUCCAUUUGAGCUGCGAUUCCUGGGGACGUGCUUAGAGGAGCUGGGCAGGCGAGACUCGCAGGAGCUGCGAGGGAUUGAGCUCCGUGUUAAUAAUCCCACAGAGCUGGCGGCGGACAUUGCCUCCUGUCAGUCGGGCGAGCCCACUGACAUGAAGAUCCGCCGGAAGAUGGCCCUCUACCUCGCCCUCAUCCGCGUCUGCAGUCGCCCCUGUGUCAAUGAGCUCUUCCGCACCCUCGACGGCUGGGGCGAGCGUGACCUUAGUAAAUUCAGCGAUGGCGAUCCGUUGCAGGAGCUCUUGCUCGUCUACACCAUGGCCACCAACCAUCCAGUCUUCUCCUUCGAACAGCGCAUGAAGUGCGCCGAAAUCUUCACCAAGAUCAAGGAGAGCCGCCCAGCAUCCCAGCCACCACCUCCGCAGGCUACUCAGCCCCCUCCGCACCACCACAUUUCGCCCCAGCAGCCUCCACUACUCACCAACUCUACACCCUCGCCACCUGGUAUCCACACCAUCCACCACCAUCAACUCAUGGGGCAGCCACAGAUACCCAUGGGAUUCACACAGAUGAUUCCCGGGGCAGAGGCUCAGCUUGGGGCUCCACUGAUGGAUCCAAUGAUGCAAUUGCCGCCGGGUAUGACAAUUCCCACGCACGAUUUUACAGUGGGCCCUCCGCCUACAACGGUGCCCUGGACGAUGAGGCAUGCUGCUAGUAACUUAGCAGAAGCACCUUUGUCAACGUCUCUGGAUACCAUUUCCCUGCAUCCGACGCAGCCGACACAAUCGACGUCGCCGCUGCUGAGUCAGCCGUCGUCGCCGACCCAGAGCCGCAGCACGAGCCCCACGCGGAGUGGGCAGAGUGGGAAUGCAGGGGGUGGUGGAAGUGCAGGGGGCGGCGGCGGAGGAGGUGGUGGAGGAGGAGGAGGAGGAGGUGGUGGUGGUGGUCGUGGGGGACAUGGGACCAAUUUGCAGUCAGCACAGAGCCAUCGAAGGGAUCCAGGGACUGUUCGAAGGGUGAGCCGACGUUCGUCGAUGGAAACGACGCCGCCGCCACCAAUACCGCCGCAGGCAAACUAUGUGAACCUCCUAAGUAGUGACAUCCUCGUACAGCAGAAUCACAAGAAUUAUGAAGAAAUGAUCCUGACAGUAGGUGGUGCAUUGAGCCAAUUGCAGACAAUAGCAAGGAAUGGCUAUACAAGGCCAUCGCACACAAUUCCGCGUGAGACCACUAAAGGGUCUGGUGCUAAUUAUCCGCAUCAGCAAACACAAAGUACGCACCAGAACCACCAUCAGUCAAGUAACUUUCCAUCAAAUCCACCUGGAUUGGCGUACGCGCUCAAUAAUAUGGCAUUUGAUAAUGUUCAUCACCAGGUUAAGUCGGGCGGCAGUGAUUCGGGCAGUUCGGUGGGGUCGGCCGGUGAUUUGUCGCCGCCGGACACACCAUCGGCCAUAGCCACUGUGGCAUCAACGUCACGCCUCCGUCCGGAUAAAUUGCAUGUUUAUACGCCGCCCGCCGCAAUUGCCAGUCCGUCACAGCCGGCAACAUUUGGGGUGGCUGAAAUGGUAGUGGCGCCGGGAUUUGGGAAUAAUGGGGCGGGUAGUGGGGCCGUGAGUGGUGGCACGGGUACCACUACAGCGGGCAAUAUGGUGCUGAUGACACAGCCACAGUUUCAGACAACCUAUCACCAUCCCACCUUCAGACAGCCGCCACCACUGAUGGCGCCCCAGCAGAUAACAUCGCCAACUACAGCCACCACCACAACCACCUUCCGUCAUCCCUAUCAGUUGCAGCCCAACGGUGAGUUUAUCUAUCCCUAUACACCGGCGGCGGCCGCACAGAUAGCCCUACUCAAUCCGCCGGCCAGCAAUGUGGGGAAUCAGGCACCGCCUAUGCGUUCGUCGCCAUCGCUGCAGCAACAACAGCAGCAUUUUAUUCAAACGUAUCCCAGCUCGAAGAUGGUUCUGUCGUGCUUCAAUUGUGGCUCACAGUUGCACACGGGCCGUGAUUGUCAGGAGUCAUCAAUGGAGGAUGCUACGCGGGGCGCCAUCUAUAAGCUCGACUACAACGCCGCCACAACGUCUAGUACUCAAACGUCAGUGGUGGACAGUGUGACAAAUGCCACAGCCCAAGAAGCCCCCUCUGUUGCUGCCAUCAACAAAUGAUUGAACGCUUUCUAUCUCUAAGCAUCCUGUCCCAGCACACAUUUCCGCCAUUUUGUUUUUAUUUGGUGUUUUUUGCCCGGUUGUUUUUUUCCCUGUUCUAUUUAUCUCAGUUUACUUUUUGUUUUCGCCGACUUCCCCGUGCCAUUGCAUUCGCCGUUGACAGCAACAUGUCAACUCUCUCUUUGCUAAAGUUUGAUAGAGAUUUUGCACAAACUUCAAUUUUGACAGAUCAAUUUGACAGCUCAUUGAUGGGAUUAUAUUUUCCAUUCCGCACAAUAUACACACCGUUGUUUUUUUCUUUCUUCUAAGUCGAAAAUAUUUUAAAUUAACAAUUUUUUUUUAUUUACCAAUGAUUGUAAUCACAUUUGCAUUGUUACAAAAGGACACCAUCUGUAGAGAAAAAAAAUGUGACACUAGGCAACAAAGUGGGAUUAUUCUCUCGAUACAGUAGGCUCUCUCUCAAUUGGGCAUUUGGGGCAAAAUGUCAUCGGGUUUAUCGAUAGAUUUGGGCGUCAAAGUCAUUGUAAAUUCCACAAAAAGCGUUCAAUUAUAAAGAAUCUCGAUAAAAUAGGAAGAACUACAGCAAAUUUGAGCAAAUUAGCUUCAUAAUUAAUCGUGAAAAUUGUCAACAAAAUUUUUCUCCCGAUUGAGAAAGAGCCGAUUGAGCGAGAGUCUACUGUAUUCUGUUUCAUAUUUUUACGCCUGGGUGAUGACAGAAUAGUAAAAGUAGCAUAAACAUUCAUAGUCAUACUGGAAGAAAAUACACAAAAGACACCUUUUUGCCGUUAGACUUUUCUGAAAACCUCAAAAAAAAAAAGAAAACAAAAAUAAUAUUUGUAUAAAAAAUUUAGAAAUUGUCCACAUCAAUUUCUUUUACGGGGACUACAAAGAGAGAAAACUAUCUCUAAAAUACGAAAAAGUUAAAUUUGUUUAAAAGGGAAUUAUUGUAAAUAUAAAUUGUCCUUUGAUUUUUUUUAAAGUGCGUGGAAAGUGUAUGAUUGAUUUUUAAAUUUCAAGGGUUAUUUUCUCGUUUUUUCAAAUUGAAUCUUGAAGUUGGCUGAAAAUGAAUGUCAAAUCUUGACAGGAAAAUUCAAAUGUGACAAUGAUUUAAAAAGAAUAACGACAUUUCUGCACAAAAAGCAUACAUUGUAGGCUUUAUUAUUGAACAGUGAAAAAUAAUACUGUGAGAUUAUUUCCCACAAAAUAAAAAAAAAAUAAAUAAAUAAAAAAUAAACAAAAAAUUAUUCUGUUGCCUAGUGUUUUUAGUAUCUUUUUUUUUGUAUUUUUUUUUAACAGAUAAAAUAGAAAGUUUUUCGUUACCUGCUGCUUUGAAGAACUCUCACAUCUCCAUUAAUUUUUCUCUCAGAAAUUGCAUGUCAGAGAAUGAUUUUUUUGCUUGGGGACAAUUUUCAUGUAUAAAAAUAAGAACGAGUAAAAAAAAUACACGCAGAAUUCACAUGGAGCAUAAUAUUGUAUAAGAGAAAAGUGAAGAGAAUUUUUUGAAAAGGAAGAAAAUAUUUCAGUGUAUCGUAGACAUUUAGAAGCCUACAAGAGUAAUUUAUAUAAAAAACAAGAAAAUACAAUGAGAAGAGGGACUAUAUUUAAAUAAUAAGAAUUAUUUCAUAGUGUCCAUCGAGAAUCUAAUAAGCUCCGUAUUAUUGUUUUCUUUUUAAAUAAUUACUUCACAAUAAAAAAAAUGUAUAAAAUAUAGUACAGAAAAGAAGAAAAAAAAAUCUUGUAGUUUUUAGAGCAGCAAGAAAGAAAGACAAAAAUAUUGGUGUCACAAUUUUUCAAAAAAAUAAAUAAAGGUCUUAAAAGAAAAAAAA